CUAAAUAAAGGUGAUGGAAGUAUAUUAUGUUGUAAUUAGUUAAUUUAUAUCGUAGUUAAUUUGCAAGUCUUAGAGGAGUAUUUUGCAAUUGUUCGUGAUAUAUCAUUCCUCCAUUUAUACCAGCAUCAGCAGAUACUUUGAAGAAAUCAAAUAAUUAACUCUAAGAGAUAGCUGUCAAAUGAUCUAACCUCUAAUGAUUUCAAAAGUGAGAGGUGAACUAAUUUUCGAAUUCUUCAGUAAGAGAACUUUCGAUUGAUUCAUUCAUAAGAUUACAAUCAAGCUCCACUUUAAUUGAUAUAAUCUAUCUCAAUAGCAGUUGCUCCAGUUUCAAUUUAUUGCCUAGUUAUCGUAAGGAAUAACAACUGAAAUGGAACACCAUGGUCAUGACAUGCACCAUGGUAUGCAUUCACCAAACCACUCUACCAUGCCCAAGCAUUUAGGAAUGGAUGGCAAAGACAUGCCAGACAUGGAUAUGGACAUGGACCACAGUAUGAUGAAAAUGUUUUUUCAUUUUGGGAUCAACGAAACAGUACUUUUUGAGCAAUGGAAGUUUACAACUGUUGGAGGUUUAAUUGGUUCAAUGAUUGGAAUCCUUAUAAUGGCAGCAUUGUACGAAGGGCUCAAAUAUUAUAGGGAAUACCUAUUUUGGAAAACAUACAAUGCCUUACAAUAUAGAGCAGUCUCAAUACCAGAAAAAGGCGUGGUGAAUGAAGAAAACCAAAUAGUUCAUAUGGUGGGGGAAGUCAUCCACAAACAGCCGCCAACGAUGUGGAGUAAAAUGCAUUCUUUUCAAACUUUUCUACAUAUGAUCCAAAUGGUGCUCUCCUACUUCCUCAUGUUGAUAUUUAUGACAUAUAAUAUUUGGCUGUGUAUAGCAGUAGUCAUUGGCGCAGGUAUAGGAUAUUUCCUCUUCGGUUGGAAGAAAUCCGUGAUAGUCGAUGUAACUGAACACUGUCAUUGACAAACUAUCAAGAGCAAAAUAAUCGCCUUUCUGCAGAAAAAUAAUUUCCAAAUAUAACAAUGAUGACUGCUGAGGUUGGAAUUCCGUACAAAUGAGCUGAGAUCAUUUUUCAUAAUCAAUUUUUUAUACUGUUACUAUGUUGUUAUUGAAAAAAUUUUAAAGUGACUUACCAAUUAUAGGUCUAUAGGGUUUUCGCUUAAGAAUCUUCGUAACAGUAUAAAUCAUUUUUAGGAUCAUUUUUUUGAAGUUCCUCAAUGUAUUAUAUUUUUUAUGUGUUAACUCUAAAUUUUUCUGUAGGUAGGCCGAAGUUAAAUGUUAUAUAAUUGAUUAUUGAAUUUUUAGUGAUAACAUUGUUUAGUAUUAUCAAUUUUAAGAUAUAACUUUACACAUUUUUAUGUACGUAAAUAUCAAAUAAUUAUUUCUUGAGGGAAUACCUAUUGUAUGUUUUUUACUAUUGGUUUCAAGAUGAAAUUAAAAGAUUGUUAAAGAUUUA